AUGCACGAAAGAAACGCGAGAUUAUUGAGAGGCAUCUCAAUCGACUGAAUGCGACGCAUAAAACACGAAAACGCGAUGUUCUUGGGAGUAUGGCGGUCAGCGGAACGAUCGGCGUUGUUACACUUGGUGUUGGAAGCAUGGGCGCUGAUGCCGUUGCGACUGCUGGUGCAGAGCAUGGCAUUCAAUCCAUCGUUGCGAAUGAGACUGCUAUUAAGCUCGUGUCACAUGCUGCGCUCGAUGGAGCGGGGAUGAUGGUUGAGCACAAGCAUACGGAUCAUUUGAAGAAGAAGGAUGCGCGCAAAGCGUUUCAGAAGGCUGGUGUCUUUCAAGCUGUUCAAGAUGCAAAAGCUGCUGAGGCGGGGUAUACGAUUCAGCCUUAUCAGAACAAUGGCCAAGUAUAUCCGAAUUAUGCUGCUGGAAGUUCGUCGCAAGCUCUUCCUCCUCCUCCGCCGCCUUACAAUGUUGCUGUUGGUCAGACACCUGUACCGCAAACUUACAAUACUACACCGAAUGGGUAUCCUCAAGACUUCAAGGCGCCAGUCGCCCAACCGCAAGCUCAGCAGAGCCAGACUUAUUUGACGCCCCAUGUCACUGGACAACAGCCUAUGCAACAGCAGUACGACUACUCGCAGCAACCAGUCCCGACAUAUGGUGCACCAUCACCUAUGCCUCCGGCGAGCACUCAGAUGUUCUCACCGCCCCAAACACCAGCUGUUCAAUAUCCUCCCCACACUUCUCAAGGACCAAACAUGCAGCCAACACAGCCGCAGCCUCUCUACCAACAACAGACAGGAGUUCCAGGCUAUAACCCCCCUGCGACACCACAGCCUUUCAACAUGGCUGCAAUGCAUCAGGCUCUUCCUCCUGCUACACCUGCGCCAUCAGCUCCAUAUCAACAGCCGCAAGUGCAACAGGUCCCGAAUAUGGUCAUGCCUACGCCUCCCCAGGAUAGCACUCAGGGCUAUGCGCCACAGCAACUACAGCCGCAGCCAACUGGACAGAUCGCCGGGGCACCUCAAGCCGGAUACUUUCCAACUGUCCCAGCAACACCAGCUGGAUAUCCACCUGCUGUCACAGCCCCCCACCAGCCAAUACUGCCGCCUGACUCUGUAGCCCAAGUGCCACCACCUGAUGAUUCAGCCUAUGUCUAUCAGACUCCCGUGCAGCAUGUUGUCCAGCAUCAGACUGGAUAUCAGGCAUCGCCCCCACCCGCACAACAGCAGUAUCAUCAGCAGCCUGGCUACGGAACACCCCAACACACUGGCACUUAUCAACAAGCCCCAGUGCCCGCACCGGUUGACCGAAGAAGCUCGUUCGUUGCCCCGCAUCAACCAGCUUUCGCUCCCCAUGCACCGUACAACCCUCAAGAUUGGGCUCCCAAGCCUCAGCCAGCAUAUACUGCUCAGGCUCCUGGGGUGAAUAGCGCACCUGCCCCGACCGCACAAGCCAUGCAGUAUCAGAUGCCUCCAACUCCUCUCCCAACAGGCUCAACAGUGAAUCAGUAUCAAUACGACAACAAAGGUUCAUAUUUUCCAGCCCAGCCUCAAACCCCUCAAAUGACGGGGCAGAGUGCACAAACCCCUCAGCAAUAUCCACCAGGAAAUUAUCCCGGGGUCCCGAUGCACAAUGUACAGGUGACGCAAUAGAUGUGGAGACCUGAGAUUGGUGGGUUGCAAUUGGAAUCAUGAGUUAUGCUUAAUCAUGGGAUAUGGAAUAAACUACAGAAUUAGUUAGCGUAUUAAUUUUUGUCUAUUUGAGGUUCAAACCUACUCCUUCG